AUGCAAACCCCAGUUAGAAAAAUUUCCUUAUCAAGAGACCCUACCCCUAAAAGAAGACCUUCUCCAUCUCCAGUAGAAGUUCAUUCUCUACUUUCAGACAUUAGAAUACAACAGCAUCAAGCAUACGAGUUAAAAGAUCGAAUAAGUUCAUUAGAAAAUAGGCUCAAUUCAUCAUACGUUAAAUCUCCAAAAAAAUACCAGCCUUCUCAAUCUGAAAAUCAAAGCAUUCAAAAUGCAAAGCCAAGAUUCGUAACUCCUCAGCCAAGACUUAUUCAGCCUGUAAAGCCUGAGCCUAUUUCAAUUGAUAAUCAAAGGCUGAAUCUUGAUUUAAAUAACGUUUUCUCCCCACUCAACACUAAAGCCAGAUUGCAAGGUCAUCUCUGGCAGAAACCAUGGUCGAAAAGAGAUGAAUCUUCUUUAUAAGAGAUCUCGGUGACUGCGAUAAAACUAGGCUAGCGCCAUUUGCUAAUUUAAGUUUAAGAUUUAAAUAACGUUUGCAAAAGUAACAUUACUUGGCUUUCUAAUAAAGAGCAAAUAGAUUUCAGAAAAGUUUUGACUGAGAGAAGAAAUUCAGUUAUGGAAAAUGAAGAAAAAUCUAAAAUAAACUCUGUCAGAGCUUUCACCCCGCUAAGACAAAUGAAUGAAAAAAGCAUUGAAGAUGUAGAAAGUAAUAUUUCGAACUUGAGGAUAUCACUGCAAAGGCAGAGAGAGUGGAUUUAUGAAGAUAAAGAAAACAAUAGCAUGUCAAGGAGACAGAUGGAACAAAAAUACCUCGCAUUGCUACAUACAGUUGAAGAUGUUACUAGGCAAAUUGAGCAGUUGAGUUUAUAUUAGAUUAAUUAAGUUAAGUUAAAUGCUAUAAAGCCAUGAGCGGAUAGACCACUAGCCUGCCUCUCUGGCGAACCCAUCUAACCUAAAGAUUAGCUCCUUAGGUUAGAGUCACCUCUUGUGGAAGCCCCGUUAGUCUCGAUAAGCAAAAACUAAGUAGGAGGCAAAACCUGUCUUGCCCAUCUGGUAGGAACAGAAAAACCUUCGAGGAACAAAACUUUACUCUUCAGCAAGCAUCCCCAAGCCCGAAGGCCUACUUCAAAAAGUGAUAGAGGCACUAUUUUUUAGCUUCAUCAGGACGGUUCCGACCUGCUCCAUUAGAAGGUGUCUCGGAGUCUAUCUUCCAUCGAUGUCACCAUUUUAAUUCCAGAUUAAUUAGGGAUAUCUUGUCUAAUGUCCACUACCACAUAUGCAAAUUGCCCGAGGAUGGCGCUAUUUUGCGCCAUCCUCGGGCAAUUUGUAUAAUCUACUAGGGCUUUGCUCCUGCUUCGGGUUGACUUCCCCUCUCAUCGAACACUGCUUGACUCUGAUUAGCUGAUCACUAAGCUUUGGGUGUUCGGAUUUUGACGGCGAGCAGUUGAGAUACAAAAAUGUGAUACUGGAAACAGAGAUUAAAAAUAUAAAAGGUGGAUAA